CUAGGCGGCUACGUGGCGCGUCGUGACGCCACAAGUCUCGCGUGAUGAGACUUGUGGCGUCGGGAUUUGCUGUUAAACAGUAGGCGAGGAUCUUGUGGGAAGUGAAAUGCCUCACUGCUUUGCCUAUGGCUGUACCAACCACUGUGGGAGGCUAACCCCAGCAGUCUCCAUGCAUACCUUUCCCAAAGAAUCUCCUCUGGCUGAGACGUGGGUGCAUCACUGCCGUACAGAUGUAGGAAAUGUGCAGGAGUUUGUGCGUGACACACUGCUGAAAAGUCCAGCGCACUUUGUGCUAUGUUCAGAGCACUUUGAAGAGGAUAUGUUUGAACUGUGUGGAGAGUCGCACUUUCUUCCUUCUGAGACCAAAUACCAGAAAACAAAGUUGAAAGUUAAUGCUGUACCUACUCUCUUUCCCACUGGAGCCCCCAAAAUGCGCAAACAGGCAGAACAUCACUUGAAAAUACAUGAGCGAAAGCAGCUACUAGAUAACCUCUUGAAGCAACAAAAGAAACCCCAACUUGAAGCAGCCCAAAUAAUCAGCCCAUCCACAUCCCAGGAAUUUGAAGAGUAUAAUGCUCUUCAGCAAAAGGAGAAGGACAUCCAUAUUGAUCAGCAACAGAAACCUCAAUUAUUAAGGAGAAAGCUACUUCCCUUGAAGUCACAAUUUUUGAAGAAGUGUUUUAAACCUGUGCCAAGAGCUCUACAGAGGAAAACGCCCACCGCAUUUAACAGAAUAGCAGUUUAUUUUUCUGAUGAGGAGUGGGAGAUGCUGGAAGAAUGGCAGAGGGAUCUCUACAAGAACACGAUGAAAGAGAACUCCGAAGCCCUAACGUCACUUGGCUACUCUAAUAUCAGUCCAAACAUUCUUCUAAAAAUCAAAGAUGAGGAUGUGAUGCGCUUUACAUCUGAUUGCUCACCAGAAGAUGUGGAGCAAGCAGAUAAUCCAAAUGCAGAAGACCAUGCAUUCUUGGAUUCCAAUGUUUUCUCAAGAAUAAAGCAAGACCAAAUGCAGUAUUUAGAUGGCAGCCCAGAUUCAGAGGAAGGAGAGCUAAAUGGUUCAUACAAUGUUCCAAUUAGUACCAGUAUAGAAGAGGACAAUUUUGGCACAUGGAGUGGAUCUGUAAAUGUUCAAAACCCAGUUUCAGUGAAAUAUAAUUUUUCCCAGUGUUUCACUAACAGCAUUACCAGUGACAUAUAUUCUUCCUCAAAAUGGAAUACAAUAAAUGUUUCCCCAAAUAACCUUUUUAGGACUAUUGCCCCAAAACAGGAUUUUAGUCUAAAUUCCACCGGACUGGGAGGACCACUGGAUUUAAGACCUUACAAAUGCUCCUCAUGUGACAAGAGCUUUACCGUUAAAUCGAACCUUAUUAAGCACCACCGUAUUCAUACAGGGGAAAGACCAUACAGAUGUACUCAUUGCUCCAAAAGCUUUAGUCGCAACUCUCACUUGAUCACCCACCAGCGAACUCACACUGGAGAGCGACCUUAUAAGUGUAAUGAGUGUGACAAGAGCUUUAUCCAGAACUCGGUGCUUAUUCAACACCAAAGGAUCCACACUGGUGAAAGGCCUUUUAGAUGUGAUGAAUGCAACAAAAGCUUUAGUCAAAAGUCAUGUCUCAUCCGUCACCAGAGAACUCACACAAGAUAGGGUUUCUGUGAAUUGGCAUAAGAAAGACCAUUGAAAUUUUGUGUGAUUACAGACUAAUUUCAAACCUGAUGUGGAAGAACACACGCAAUAAAAAAAUUGGCAAUCUCUUUGGUUUAGAUGACACCAAGAGAGUAGGCCAGUUGGACAAUAAACCUUAUCAUUGAUAUAGCCAUGAAUUAAAAAAAAUGCUUAUUUUAUAGAAAUUACCUUUCAUACACUUUAUCACAUAUCUGAGUAGCUACUAGAAAAUGAAGUGUGAAAAUAGGAUGAAGGCCAAACAACACAUAGGGGUAUAUUUAUCAAAGAAUAAAAGUAAAGUCCGCUAGCGUGAAAUACCGACUCUCACUUUCACCCAUUGAUAAAUAUGCCUUCCAAAAUCCCUUAGAAAUUAAUGGGGAGUGGCGGAA